UGCAGGUAUGGGCUUAUUUUGCCAAAGAAAGCACAGCAGUUACAUCGCGUUUUACAAAAGCCAUCAGUGUUUGGGGAUGAUUCUGAUGAUGAUGCUGAGACCUCCGUGAGUGAAAGCCUUCAGAGGGAAGCUGCUAAGAAGCAAGCAAUGAAACAGACCAAGCUGGAAAUCCAGAAGGCCCUUGCUGAAGAUGCUACUGUGUAUGAGUAUGACAGUAUUUAUGAUGAUUUACAAAAGAAGAAAGAAGAAAAUAAUCCCAAAUUACUUUUGGGAAAAGACCGGAAGCCCAAGUAUAUUCACAACUUGCUAAAAGCAGUUGAGAUCAGAAAAAAAGAACAGGAGAAAAGAAUGGAAAAGAAAAUACAGAGAGAGCGAGAAAUGGAGAAGGGAGAGUUUGAUGAUAAAGAGGCAUUUGUGACAUCUGCUUAUAAGAAAAAACUGCAGGAGAGAGCUGAAGAGGAAGAAAGAGAAAAGAGGGCUGCUGCACUUGAAGCUCGCUUGGAUGUAACCAAGCAGAAAGAUCUCAGUGGGUUUUAUAGGCAUCUGUUAAAUCAAGCGGUUGGUGAAGAAGAAGUGCCUUCAUGCAGCUUUCGUGAAGCUAGGCCUGAGAUAAAGGAAGAGAAAUUAAAGGGUUAUUCUGAUGAAGUACUUUCAGAGAACAGAAUUCCACAUGAGAAAAACAAUCUGCAGACUGUUUUGAAAGUAGAGAAUAACCCAGAUGCAGACAGUGACUUUGAUGAUAAAAGCAGUGAGGAUAAUGAAAUGAGAAAAAAUAAUGAAGUGAACUGCUGCAGGGAAAGGGGUACUGAAACCAUCAAGAAAGUGGCCAAGCAUCACAGAAAUCAAGUCCAUUCACAGUCAUCUAGUGAAGAAAGAGAGCAUACUACCUGGCACCACUCCAAAAGUUCCAAGUCAAAAGGACAUGAGAAAAGGGAAAGUCAAUACCAAUCCAGGGACCAGGAGAACUAUUAUGCCGACCACGAACACCGAAAGGAAAAGAAGGAUUCCCAUAAGCACCGAGAAGUCAGUCAUAGAGAUUCCCACUGGAAACGGCAUGAACAAGAAGAUAGAUUAAAGGGAAGAUAUAGAGAACGAAGUGACAGAGAAUGGAAAAAGGAAAAAGACAGAGAGAAGUAUACCUCAAGAGAACAGGAAAGAGAUAGACAACGAAAUGACCAUGACCGACACAGAGUGCAAGCAGAGAAGGAAGAAAAAGUCAGAGAAAAGGAAGAACAUAUGAAAGCAAGGAAAGAUGCAUAUGAAAACAGUGAUAAAUAUAGAAACAGAGAAAAACGAGAAGUAAGUAUUCAAUUUUCAGAAAAAAAUCAAGACGAAAAGGAGAGCAAACUGAAUCACAGGGCAAAAGAUAAAUUUUCUGACCAGGAAAGAAAUGAUAAAAUGAGACACAUGGAAAAGGACAAAGAAAAACACCUAGAGAAACCAUCUAUUUCUGAAAUAUCACUGGGAGCUAAACACAAAAUCACAGAGGAAAACAAAGAGACUGACAAAGAACAUGCAACAACCCACGAAGCAGUGAACAAGUUUGCAAAGCGGAACAAUGAAGAAACUGUAAUUUCAGCUAGAGACAGAUACUUGGCCAGGCAAAUGGCACGAGUUAAUGCAAAGACAUAUAUUGAGAAGGAAGAAGAUUGAUGACUUUCUAUAGGAAGAUCUGCAGAAGCACAGAUUAAUAAGUCAGGACACAUGUAUGAAUGCAUAAAAGAGUGUUUUUAGUAGUAGUUG